AUGAUUCUUUUGGAUAAAUGUUUGGAAUCUGUAUUGGAUUGUUAUGUAUGGGAACACUGUGAUAAUCAGAGAAAGUAUGCAAUUGAUGGUAGUGCUGGAUUUUUAAUUGGUUCAAAGAUGGAAGAGGAUUUUCAUGUGGCGCACAUUGCAAUGUGUGCACAUCCUGAUACCAUGCAAGAUGGGGCUGGUGAUAUUCAUUCGAAAUCAGUAGAUGCUGAUUGGAUUGCUGAUACUGGAUCACGUGUUUUAAGGUUUUUGCCUGGAGGCACCAUGAUAGUUGGUUUGCUGUGGUUAGCUGAUUCAAAAACAUCGCUGCAGACAGCACAAGUUCGUGGUAUGCUUGUUCGAGCACUUUCCCAGAUAGCAAUCCGUCAUAAUGCACUCAGUUCUCUGAACAUCACACCUGUUGACAAUUGUUUGGCAUUAGUUGGAAUUGAAACACCACUGGGGAAGCCGUUUGGGUGCAUUGUCGAUUGCAGUCGAAAAGGUGCUGCUGGCUCACAAACUAAAGUGAGCUUUAGUCAGUUGGAAUGGGUACGCUUGGAAUCAUCUGCUGCUUUUCGAUUAUCAGAACCAUUGACUGAUGGUAUUUGGGAUUUUCAUAAGCAAUUCACAAGUGCGAUACAUGAGUGGGCUGAACAUCUUUUGAAAACAGAUAUAGCAUUAGUGAACGGCUUGUCACGAUCACGAGAUGAAUUUCUGAGACCUCGUGAUCGGAAAAAUCGAGGCCCGGCUACGUUUGAUAUUGAAAUAUUUUUAAAUGCCGGCGAAAAAGAUAAUUUGGAUAACGAAAACAUAUCUUCAUUCUGUACCAUUGAUUUGAUUGUGGAUACUAUUGCGAAGGCAGCAGUGCCCAGUAAAGCUACCGUUGGUCAGGCAGUUGAUGCUGUUAAGGAACAUAUAAUACGAUCGUUAUGUAGUAGAGCAGAACUUCAUUACGAAAGUACGGAUGUGAUCGAAGAUGAACCGAAGGAUCGUUUAGCUGUACAUCAGUUACCUCGUGCUGCUUAUGUGUCUUUACCCAGUCAGCGGGCAAUCGUUUUUACGGAUUAUCUAUUUGAAAGUGAUACGGCGAAUGAUGCACAGCAGUCUUUCGCAGAAUUUUUGACUCUCAAAGUUCCUAAGGAUGACAUUGAUGUAAGUAGUGAACGUCAUUUGGACGGAAACGAUUUAUUGAGCAUGUUGAAUGAAGAUAGGCUUAGCCGCGUGGAACAAUCCAGUUCAUCGACAUCGAGCCUAAGUUCCGUUAUAUUGCCUCCAAUAUGUAAAACUGGUGAAGUAACUUCGAUAAAUUACUAUUUCCUUAUUGCAAUACUUGUUGCUUUGUUAUCGUUUGUUCUCUAUUUUUUGAUGAAAACGUUAUCUUCCUGA